CGCUGUCAGCAGUGUUAGUUACUCUCUUUAUAUUUUGCAAUUUCAAGUAAAUUUCUUUCCAAAAUAUUUUUUCGUUUUAGUUAUCCAACUUAAAUUGUUCUAAAAUAUACGUCAGAGUUUAUAAAUUGAUUAUUUAAAGUAUAUUGUAUUGUGUGCAACAAAGAAGAAGCACAAUUAUACGGAAUACCGUAAAAUUGUUGAUUAUGUCUACCGCAGAAGUAGAGGAUGAUAUUUAUGCGGGAUAUAAUGAUUACCCAUCGGUGUAUAAUAUCAAAGAUCUCGAGGAGGAUGAAUUAUUUCAGGAAGCUAUCAAGACAAGUUAUGGAAAAAGAUCAAUAUUUACUCCAAAAACACCAGGCACUGCGAUGCGUUUUGGAACAUCAAGUCGAUUUCAAAGUGGUACUACUACAGCAAUUCAACCUAUGACAAGUAGACCUAUGACAGCGGUAAGAAGUGCUGGAUAUACCAGCAAUCAACAGGCUUUUGAUCCUCUUAACUUAGGGACUAGUUCCAAAGGGUCUGCACCGCCGUUAGAAAUUAACAAAGAAGACACGCCCGAAGAGAAAAUAAAAGUAACGGAAAGAAAAAUAAUGGGUUUGAUCGAAACUUCUACACAGGCAGCUUCGGAAAAUAAUAUCAAGAUCGCUUUAGAACGUGCACGAGAAGCUUCCUCAAGGGAAAGGGCUCUUAUACGAUUGCAGGAACAAGCUGGUCUCAGUGACAAUCACAAUAUAGACUUAACGUUUGCAGUGCUGUUUAAUUUAGCGGUUCAAUACACGAAUAACGAAAUGUAUACAGAGGCUAUAGCAACUUAUCAGGCUAUAACAAGGAACAGGAUGUUUAGUAACAGUGCCCGACUCAAAGUUAAUAUGGGUAACAUUUAUGUAAAAAUGGGACAAUUAUCUCAAGCUAUAAAAAUGUACAGAAUGGCAUUUGAUCAAGCCCCGACAGCCCAUAAGGAUUUAAGAAUAAAAAUUAUGCAUAAUAUGGGAAUGUUAUUUGUGCAAAUGGGUCGGUUAGAAGAGGCAGCUAAUAGUUUUGAGUGGGUGAUGAGAGAGAGAGCUGAGUUUAAAGCGGGUUUGCAUGCUGUUUUAUGUCAUUUUGCAUUAUCUCAUCGUGAUAAGAUGAAAAGAGCUUUUUUAGAAUUACUAGAAGUACAACUUAAUAUAGAUCAGGAGGACAAGUAUAGCAUAAAUCCUGAUGAUGCUGCAACUAAUAUAUUAAAUGAAGUAAUAAGGAAUGACGAUUUGUCAAAGUUAGAGAAAGAAAUAAAAUUGGAAUCGGAGAAAACUAUACUUUGUGCGGCAAAGCUUAUAGCGCCUGUUAUUGAAGAUACACUUACUGCUGGAUUUGCUUGGUGUGUUGAUGCUAUAAAAUCCUCGACGCAUAGCAUUCUAGCUGCUGAUUUAGAAAUAAACAAAGCCAUGGUAUUUUUGCAUAAUCGAGAGACACAGCUAGCCAUAGAUACAUUAAAAAUAUUUGAAAAUCGUGACACCAAAGCUAAUAGCGCGGCAGCAACUAUGCUUUCGUUCAUCUACUAUCUCCAAGGAGAUUAUGAUCAAGCUGAAAAAUAUGGAGAAAUAGCUCGCAAUGCCGAUGCUUACAAUGCAGCGGCAUACGUUAAUUUAUCCGCUUGUGCAAUUAAAAAAGAUGAACUGAACAUUGCUAGAGAGCUAUUAUUGUGUGCGCUAGAAACAGAUGCGAGUCAUGUACAAGCUUUAUAUAAUUUAGGUUUAGUUUAUAAAAAAGAAAAUAUGUAUGAAGAAGCCUUAGAGUGUUUUUGGAAAAUUCGUAAUAUUGUUCGACAUGACCCACAAACGUUAUAUCAAAUUGGUCAUCUAUAUCAAUUGAUGACCGAUAUUGAUCAAGCAUCUGAAUGGUACAAUCAAUUGUUAGGUAUAAUAUCAUCUGAUCCAGGUGUUUUACAAAAAUUGGGAGAACUGUACGAUUCAAUAGGGGAUAAGCAGCAGGCAUUUCAGUUUUAUAAUGAUUCCCAUAGAUUUUAUCCUGCUAAUUUUGAAGUGAUAGACUGGAUUGGAUCCUACUUUAUAUCAAUGCAGGUUGCUGAGAAAGCAUUGGCUUAUUUUCAAAAAGCGGUAGAACUUGCACCAGAUGAACCAAGGUGGAGAUUAUUAGUUGCCGCCUGUUUAAGACGCACUGGACAAUUUCACAAAGCUCUUGCGGAAUAUCAAGAUAUUCAUAAUAAAUUUCCGGAAAAUAUAGAAUGUUUAAAAUUUUUGAUCAGGCUAUGUAGCGAUCUGGGAUUGAAAGAAGCGCAGAUGUACACAGCUGAAUUGAAAAAGGCCGAGAAAGCUAAAGAAUUAAGAGAGAGACAAGGUUCAGCAAGACCAGGCACAACAGGUUCUAGAAAAAGUAAUAGUGGAACGUCAUCCCGGGGUGGUUCAGGAUUGAGUAUACUAUCAGAUCAAAGACGAAGUCCGGAUCGACGACCAAUUUCAGGGCGAAAUGAUUAUCAAGCUACGAGUUAUGCAGACCCUAUAGGACCUCUUCCUACUCGUCCUAUGCCUACUCGUCCUAUGACAGCUGCUGGAAAACGAGAUGAUGACUUUGGUGACGAAGAACUCGGAGAUGAUCUUCUACCCGAAUAA